AUGCGCUGUUGAACAUUGAAAUUUGAAACGGAAAAGCAGAAGCUCAGGUCUCCAACUCAAUCUUUAAUGGCUAUGCGGUCGUCCCCAAAGCUCCUUUGUAACCUCCCUUACAUCGUCAGAUCCUUGAAUUCUUCUUCAUCAAUCGUCGCCACCGUUCCUCCGUUGGGUUUGUCAGAGAAAGCCGAUGGCACAGUUGUGAAACCAGUCGCCGUCGCAUCUCCCUGCUCAACUCUAAACCUCGACGAUGUUGAGAAGUUGUUCAAAUCGGUUUCAACCGUUCAGUUAUUAAGAUCUUCAUUGAACCUUCACAUGGCUGCGUUUGGUCCGGUCGUCGAGUUGGGUAUGUGGGUAAUGAGGUCUAGGUUGGUAGAGACCGCGAUCAUCAGGGAGUUCAUAUUGACGACUGUGAAACACACAUUCUACGAGCAUUUCUGUGCUGGUGAAAACGUGGAAGAGGCCAGUCGGACACUUCAAAGACUCUGGAAUGAUGGGCUGACGGGAAUUUUGGAUUAUAGUUUGGAGGACGCCACUGAUAAUGAUUCAUGCGACCGGAACUUGGAGGAGUUUCUUAAGACUGUCGAUUCUACCAAGUUUCUUCCACCUUCUUCUGUAAGCUUUGCCUGUGUGAAGAUCUCUGCAAUUUGUCCAAUUUCACUGCUUGGGCGUGUAAGUGAUUUACUGAGAUGGAAACACAAAGACCCCACUUUCUAUCUUCCAUGGAAGCGGGAUACAAUGCCAUUUCUUACCAAUGCCAGCCCUUUCUAUCACACUCUCAAAAGACCAGACCCUUUGACUGCAGAAGAGGAAAAAGAUCUCCAACUAACCCACCAAAGACUGAUGAAGCUAUGCCAAAAAUGCCUUGAAACCAAUCUUCCAUUGCUUGUUGAUGCAGAGUACACAUCAGUGCAACCUGCAAUUGAUUAUCUUACUUACUGCGCUGCAAUCGACUUCAACAAAGAUGGCUUUCCAAUCGUGUUCGGUACAAUUCAAGCAUACUUGAAAGACUCAAAGCAGAGGAUGGUUCAAGCAACAGAAGCAGCAGAGAAGAUGGGAAUUCCGAUUGGUUUUAAGUUGGUGAGAGGGGCCUAUUUGUCUAGUGAAACCCAGAUAGCUUCUUCUUUGGGUUUUUGUUCCCCUAUUCAUGGAAGCAUUAAGGAGACUCAUGCGUGCUACAAUGAUUGCACUUCAUUUAUGCUAGAAAAGGUCGCUAGGGGAUCGGCUGCUGUUGUUCUUGCCACCCAUAACCUUGAAUCAGGGAAGGUGGCAACAAUGAAGGCACAGGAAUUGGGGAUUGGAAAGGGAAAUGAAAAACUCCAAUUUGCCCAGCUGAAGGGAAUGGCAGAAGGGCUUUCUUAUGGUCUGAAGAGUGCAGGAUUCCAAGUGAGCAAAUACUUACCUUUUGGACCAGUUGAGAAAGUCAUGCCUUACCUUCUCAGAAGAGCUGAAGAGAACAAAGGCCUUUUAUCUGCUUCAACCUUGGAUAGACAGCUGAUGAGCAAGGAGCUAAAGCGGAGAUUAAAAGCUGCAAUUUUGGGGGGUAAGACAACAAAAUAACAACUUCUGUUAGACACUAAGUUUGUUAAAGUCUUUGUAAUUAAAUUCCAAUUUAUCAGGAAUUGAAUUGGUGAAGUCUGGUUCUUUGGUCA